AUGUUUGAUGUGACGGUGCGCUUGUCAUGGCAAGGAUGGAAAGAUGCCUUCACAUCGGGAUUCUGCUUGCUGUACGCAUGGCAUAGCUCCAACAGUGAGAAUACUGCGACCUGGUUGAAGACCUGGGGAAGUGGCUACUCCUACGGCUGGGCCGGCGAUGGAGGAACCUGCGCCUUUGACCAGCGUGCGGAAGUUUCAGGAAGCUUCGCUUUGAGCUGGUCGAUGAACGGCAAUGCGCACAAGGUAGAGGACAUCCCAGGCUUGCUCCAAGGGAUUCAAUACGAUGUAAGCUUCAAGGUCAAGGCUACUGCCAGCGCGUCGGCCACCUUGAGCACUCACUGGAGCAGCAACAGCUGCGACGGCUCCGCGUGCCCCGCGGACGUCGCCUGCCCCUCAGGACGAUCGCUGGUCAAGUGCGAAGCAGGGACCGACGUCGUAUCCGUCAAGACCCCUCUGGGAGUGCAAAUUACGAGUACAGGGCGAUGCCGGGCCUACGGUGCUUCCGGUAUGGGUGCCGACGUUCGUGUGGGCGUUGAGAAGAGCAGAGCUGAAGGAGACGACUGGUCGGACUAUGCCGGUUGCGGGGCCAGUGGCUAUGUGGCGGUCACGCCUGCAAUGAUGUGGGCAGGUAUCAAUUUUGCGGGAACCGGCGUAUCCGAUCUCAGCCGCAUCUCCAACAAGGGCGACAAUGAAAAGACGAGGCUGUGCCCGCAAGGCACGUGGCUGAAGCGCAUGGAAGUCUGCUCGGGAGACAAAUGGGACGGUGUGUACUAUGGCCAAUGCACGAACGAUCAAGUCAUGGACACGCAGAACGAUGCGUGCGAUCGACGCAGACGCCGUGGCAAUAGAAGAAGAGAGCAAGAGGGUCGCCGUCGUCAUACCCAGAUGAACACGGGCUCUGGGGCGCGGCGCGUGUAUGGCCGGGCUGGAAGCAACGCGGACAAGGUCUGCAUUGACGGUGGGUACUGCCGCGGCAACACGAACUCGAACGCAUUCGACCACACCUGCGGGGCGAACGCUCUCCUCGCGGGAUUCAAGGAGUACGAGCGCCGCAGGAGCAUUCGCUUCAUGUGUCGUGACGUACGGCCGGUUGUGAAAGCUUUCGACUGCAUCGAUGGCGGGUGCAGGGCGAAGUGUGCAAAUGACAACUGCAAGAUCAAGCCCUUCUGCGUGAAAGCCCACGUUAACUCUGUGGAGAGCGGAGCCGAGGCCACGUCUACGGGUGGAGGCGCCUGGUCCGGCUGGUCUACAUGCCCUUCGCGCUAUUCGGCGGUGGGGCUCCGAUACAUGGAGCUGCUGGGGAGCGUGGUUGAUGCCGACGUGUCAAGCUUGGAUGGUCUGGAGUGCAUCGACAAUAAAUGUCGAGCGAAGAGCCCUCGGAAAGCGGUGAAGAUCAGAGCCGCAUGCGUAAAGCACAUAAGUACGCAGCUGGGCACGACGAGGGAGAAAACGGGCACCGGUUGGUCGUCGUAUUCGACUUGCCCAUCUGGCUACAACCCAGUCGGCGUGGCCAAGGCCUACAUGAAUGGUGGUUGGGACACGAUGCGCAUCUGGGAUUGCAGCACUUCUCAGAAUGGCUGUCGUAUCUACUGCGUCGGAACGGACAAGUGCACCAUCAACACCGCCUGUAUUUCCGCCAAGACCUGGGCAAGGGCAGAGUGCUCCCAGGAUCACAAGAACUUGAUUGUGAGGAGCACCACUGGCACCGGGAACCGGCAACCAAGCAGCUGUCCCUCUACGCACAACAGUGUCCGGUGCUUCUGUUACUCCGCGACACAAAACAAAUGCACAGCCAGCCGGCGCCGGAAUGUAGGUAGUCUCAGUGGCUGCUCGCACAACUUCGGCUCGGCUACAGGGAGAGUUUCUCGGCUGUGCACGCAAGCCGAAGCUUCCAUCCGCUAUUACCUCGGAGACCAGGCCUCUCACAUCAUAGAAGACGUGACGGCUGCCUACACCACGCAGACGCACAAAUUCACGGCUGAUGGCUCAGGAAAGCUCCCGCUGAGGGUCCGCGGAUUGUCGCGAAGUGGUGUCACCCUCCAUGUAACAGAUCUGAAGAUACAAGACUCGGCAACGUCUACGAGUGAUCAAAGCUUGCUGAUCGACCUGGAAAACAAAUGCUCCGGGUCGCGCUGGGAAGUUCAGCUUCCAGCAAGCCCUGAAGGGACUCCGUAUCUGGUGACAGUGACUUACGGAGACAAGCGGACAGCAAUUCAGACUUCCUCCUGCUCUGUCGGAACGGCUGGACAGAAACUAGGUCAGCAAGUUCUGGGCACCGGGCACCCGAAACCUUUCCUCAAACCUGUGAGCCCUAAAGCCUUCACCUGA